GGAAGCUCAGUGACUGACCCUUUGCCAGGAUGCCCGGCGCCUGGAUCCCAGGCUUCAUUCUCACCCUGCUCUUCGGCCUGCUCUCCAGUCUCCAACGUGUAAGCGCCAACAAGGUCAUGAGAUGUAUCUUCUUAAGCUGCCUCAGAGGAUUCAGAUAUAGUGACAGUGAAUGCUGCCGAGAAAAAAAGAUGUGGGAUCCUUCAAAUGACCCCUUCAGAAUCUUGAUCAUCAUUUUCGCGGUCAUGCUACCUCUCCUGUGCUUCUGCGGCGUGGUGAGGCGCAUUUGUCGUGCAUGCAGACCACAGCAGAGCCUCAGAACGAAUGAUGAGACACCUCCAGAACCACCUUCCAGUGUCCCCCUAGAGACUAUGAUCUGGGUCACCAACUUGGAUCCCCCACCACCCUAUAAUCAGGUUGUUCCGAAGUCAACUCCCACAGAAGAACCACCUCCUCCCUACAGCCUUGAGGACCCUCUUGGCCAGAUGAGAAACACAACCUUUUUUUGAGCUACCUCACCUGCAAACUUCUUGGAUCAAGCCCAGGACUUCGGAGACUCUGGAAUGACUUUUCGUUGUGGGAGCUGAGCG